AAAAUCUAAUUUUCCAAAAAUAUCUGAGAAUCUACUAUUGCAGACUUUCUGUUUUCUUUCUUUCUUCGAACAACGCUGCAACUAUCGAGAUCAUGGCCUCCGGUUCCGGCGAAUUCGUUAAAGGACAUGUCCACCCUAAUGGCGUUGCCGUUCUCACUCUUGAUCGUCCUAAAGCUCUCAAUGCCAUGAACCUUGAUAUGGACAUCAAGUACAAGAGUUUCCUGGAUGAGUGGGAAACAGACCCAAAGGUCAAGUGUGUUUUGGUUGAGAGCAGCUCUCCUCGUGCCUUUUCAGCAGGGAUGGAUAUUAAGGGGGUUGUUGCUGAAAUUCAAACGGACAAAAGUACACCUCUUGUGCAAAAGGUAUUCACAGCAGAGUAUUCUCUGAUUUGCAAAAUAUUUGAGUACAGAAAGCCUUACAUCAGCUUCAUGGAUGGCAUAACAAUGGGUUUUGGCAUUGGAUUAUCAGGUCAUGGCAUCUAUAGGCUUAUCACAGAGAGGACUGUUCUAGCUAUGCCAGAAAAUGGAAUCGGGCUGUUUCCAGAUGUUGGUUUUUCUUAUAUAGCUGCACAUAGUCCUGGCGAAGGGGCAGUUGGUUCCUAUCUUGGACUGACUGGACGUAGGAUAUCAACACCUGCUGAUGCACUAUAUGUUGGUUUGGGAAGUCACUAUGUCCCUUCUGCAAAUUUGGGUGCACUGAGAGAGGCUUUCCUGGCAGCUACCUUCUCCCAGGAUCCAGAUGAAGAGAUCAAAGCACUUCUGGCAAAAUACACUACUAACCCUGAUUCAGAAUCUCGUUUGAAAUCUCUUUUACCCAGAAUCAUUUCCACAUUUGGUGGUAACAAGCCAGUUAAAAAUAUAAUAGAGGAGCUCGAAAAGCAUCAGCAAAGUGCUGAUACUUUGGUGGCUGAAUGGGCCCAGGAUGCUCUGCAAGGGCUAAGCAAGGGGGCUCCCUUUUCUCUCUGCCUCACCCAGAGGUACUUUUCUAGGGUUGCAUUUGUAUGUGGUAAAAAUGAAAAUUUGACGAAGCUCCCUGGUGUUAUGAGAACUGAAUAUCGCAUUGCUAUAAGGUCUGCUCUACGUAAUGAUUUUACAGAAGGUGUUCGUGCUGUUUUAGUGGAUAAGGAUCAGGGUUACAGUCAAGAGGUGACUCAAAUAAUUAAUAAAAAGCAAAAAGACGAAAGAUCAGGGCCAAAAGUGCAAAACAUCACUUGAGAAAAUUGGUGCAUCGCCAAAGUGGCGUGCACAUCGUUAAAAAGGAAAGUUAUCGCUGAUUGGAACAUUCUAGACUAGGUCAAAAAGUGGACAAAACGACGAUGAGAAGAGCAAAUCAACGACGCGUCUAAUGGAUCAGCAUAGCCUAAGACCCAUCGUCGAAAGUAAUAGUAUGUCAAUCCACAGAGCUUAUUAGAAGGUCAAAUUGGCGAGCUACAUAUGAGUCGGCGCAUCGCUGAGCUGUUCAACGAUAGACAACCCCUCAGCCGAAUUAAACGUGAUGGCAUUUACGGUGUUUUGAGGCACAUUUUUGUCGGAGCUAUUUAAGCCGUUUUGGCUAAUGGAGACCUAUCUUUUGUCAUAUUCUUGAAGCUUAAGUUAGUAAUUGAUACUUUAGUGGGAAUUUUAGUUGUUUAUUGCUAAUUUCUUGAUUUUGAAUUUUGAAAAUUUUCUAGAGAAUUUUUGAAUUCUAUGGCUAAAUUUAAUGACAACAUAGGUAUAUUUUUUUC